AUGAGCUUGAUCUUCAGAUACACCCACGACCCUCUUGCUCUUCUGGUUCUCAGUCUACUUAACCUGGUGUCAGGCCAGUGGCAGGUGACUGUGCCAGAGGAACGCAUCCACAUCUUGGUGGGGGAGACUGCAACAUUCUCUUGCUUCCUGUCUCCUGAGACAAAUGCUGAAGCCAUGGAAGUGCGGUUCUUCAAGAAUCAGUUCGAUGAUGUGGUCCAUCUCUACAGAGAUAGGAAAGACCAGGAAAACAUGAGGAUGCCAGAAUAUCGAAGGAGAACUGAGCUUGUGAAGGACUCCCUUGACAGAGGACAUGCCACCCUGAAGCUGCAGAAAGUCACUCUCUCAGAUGCUGGCCUGUAUGGGUGCUGGUUCAGGUCCCAGACUCAUGUGCAGGAGGCCACCUGGGAACUACAAGUAACAGAACUGGGCUCCCCUCCUCUCAUUUCCAUCAUGGGACAUGUUGAUGGAGGCAUCCAGCUACUCUGUCAUACUUCAGGAUGGUUCCCUCAGCCCACAAUUAAGUGGAAAACUCCACAGGGUACCUAUUUAUCCUCAGACUCCAAGGUGAAGAAAAACAUGCAUGGCCUGUUUGAUGUGGAGACUUCCCUUACUGUUCAAGAUAAUUCUGGGAAUGUAUCAUGCUCUGUUCAGCCCCCUGACCAGAGCCAAGAGGUAGAAUCCAGAGUGUGGGUACGAGAGAGAUUUUUCCAGUCCUCACCCUGGAGCGUGGCUUUUAUUUUACUCAUGAUCUUCUUCUUUGUCUUAUGUGCUGCUAUCAUUUUGCUGAGAAGAUUCUCCCCCAAAUUCCAGGGGAAGAUACAGAAAGAAUUAGAAUGGAGAAAAGCCCGGAAACAUGCAGUGAAGGUGAUGCUGGACCGAGACUCGGCUCACCCUCAGCUCUACAUUUCUCCUCUGAAUUCUAUAUCUUAUUGGAAUGCUCCCCAGUUAGUGAAAUUCUCUGAGAAGAGAUUCACAAGCAAGAGUGUGGUGGCUUUUCCGGGGUUCCAGAAUGGGAAACAGUACUGGGAAGUAGAUGUGGGAUUUAAUAAAUCGUGGGUUUUGGGAGUUUGCCAGGAUGAUGUAGAUAGAACAGAGGAGAAUGUAUCUUUGUCUCUCGAAAAUGGGUACUGGGUUCUUGGACUAGAGUCAUCUGUGUAUUUCAUAAACGAUGAUUGUACAAUCAUUCCCCUUGUAAAGACACCCCCUACAAGAGUGGGUGUCUUCCUGGACUAUGAGGGUGAAUCCAUAUCCUUCUUCAAUGUAAAUAGUCGAUCCCUAAUUUAUACCCUGACAUACCCGUUUGAAGGCUUAUUGCUGCCCUAUUUCCAGUGUAAGAUGAAAACUGUAACUCCCAUAUCAAUCAGUCCAGUGCCCCUGAUAUAG